AUGGGCGGCCCGAAGGGCGUGAUUCGCCCCGGUUUCAACCUGAUUCCCCGAGCCAAGCGUGAUGAGGGGGCGAACGGAGCAAAGACGAGGCGCGAGAAGGCGGUCACCGCCGCCGACUCCGACUCGGAGGACGCCGCCGACGAUUUCCUGAGGAACAACGCGGUGGCUGUGGGUGAGGACAUCCCGUCAACCUCGGGGGUCGACGGCGAGAGCGUCGAGAAGAGGAAAAAGAACAAGGACAAGGACGUGGACGCGUUCGAGCCCGUCGCGGCGGAGGAAGCCGACGGCAGGGUCAAGGGCAAGAAGAACAAGAAGGAAAGGCAGAAGCAUCUCCUGCAGCAUCUGUCCCUUAGGGCCGAGACCACAACGCCGGCGGCCUCGGUGGACCAUCCGUUCGAGGUGGACGCCGCGGAUCAUUGCGAAACGCCCUUCCAGGCGUACCAAGACAUCGAGCCGUUCCUGUUUCGCAUGGCGCUGGCGCUGAAGAAGCCCAAGGACAAGCUUCGGAUAUACGACCCGUACUUUUGCGAGGGGAGCGUCGCGAAGCAUCUCGCCAGGCUCGGGUUCACCAGCGUGUACAACAAGAACGAGGACUUUUACAAGUGCAUCGAGGAGAAGAGGAUCCCGGAGCACGACGUCCUCCUCACAAACCCGCCGUAUAGCGGCGACCACUUCCGCAGGAUCCUCAGCUUCUGCGCGAAGAACAAGAAGCCCUGGCUGCUCCUCCUGCCAAACUUUGUGUGCCGCAAGCAGUACUAUCAGCCGUGCGUCGGUGAGGACGUCAAGGCAUUGUUCCUUAUCCCGGACCCGACCAAGCCGUACAGGUAUUGGGCGCCGGGCAGGAGAGGGUUCGAGGAUCGUAACCAGGCGAAGGGCACGACGCCGUUUGAGACUUUUUGGUACGUCAACUACGCCGGCUUGGCGCCACACGAAGAGGUCAGGGCGUGGUGGAUGAAAAAGUUCGCGCCGCACAGCACAUGCACGCUCCCUGCGCCGGAUGAGGCGCUCCCGCAGCAGCAGAGGCUUCAGAAGCGGGCUAAUCCGAGGGCGAGGAAGAUUGCCGCCAUGAAGGAGCGGAAGCAAGGUGGACCGGCCAACGACGGGAAGGACGGGAAGGGCAGCGGGGGAAUCUAUUACGACCAGGAGAGGGCAAAGGCGGCGAAGCAGAGGAUGAUGCAGCAGCAGGGCGGUGACGGGGAUUUCAGAAAGGAUAAGCGGAAGCGGGAAAAGGGCGGGAAGGGUGACCGCAAGCGCUCAAAGCAGGCCUAG